AUGGACUAUCUACUUAAAUCAAGUAAGUUCUUUUUCAAAACUAUACUCAAGUUUUUGGUCUUACCACACCUUGAGUUUAAAGCACAAACUGGUCGCUAUCAAAAAUGCGACAAUCACUUGUUUAUCUUUAUCGGAAAACUUGAGAAAUAUCUUGUAGAACAAGAGUUUUUUCAGACGAAAUGGUGACGCGACGUCAGUCUUUCAGUGCCGCCUCUUUGGAGGACCGCGAAAAGCUGAUGAACAACGCGAAAGCUCUUCGGUUCGCUUCGUUUCGUUCUUUGCCCUCAUUUCCGUUUUUUUGGUCCUUCUCCUGCUUUUUACUUUGAAAGAAAAACUAAUUUUUUUUCCAUUGAAAAGCUUUUGAAAGAUGUUAGACUAUAAUUAUGGUGUUGUCUCUGUUUUAUCACCAUUUAAUGUCACAGUACCCCGGGCUUGAAAAGCGUCACGGGAACUAAAUCCAAUUCAAUUCUAUACCUUCUUGCGCUAGCCGUAUUGGGUCGGGCGCAACUCUUUCAAAGAGUGUUUUAGCCAAUAUCUCAAAUUCAAACAACAAUCUUCCUUGUUAAAAUAGAUUUUUCGUUUGAAACUGGAAAACAAUGAGAUCCCCUCAAAUCGUUCCACUGCUUUCGAAAACCAUGAAGGAGAUUCCAGAUUCGAGUUGGAAAGUAGAAGGAUGGGCCUCAAAGACAUCGUCGCCGAUGUUCAGCACAGCAACAUGCCAAGACACAUGGAAGAACUCGCCUGUUCUCACGCGGCCAAAGCCAUGCAGGUUUCCAAGAGUUUGAAACUUCUUAUACUUCAAACCUUUCAGACAUACAAUCUGGAGCACGACAUUGCGAGGUACUUGAAAACGGCUUUUGACCGCGAGUUCGGACCCGACUGGCAUUGCAUUUGCGGCCGCCAUUUCGGAUCUUUCGUGACUUUUGAGCCGAACAAGUAGCUUCUGACUUGUUUGAAAGUCUAUAGUUUGACUAUUUUCAGUUUCAUUUACUUCCGGAUCGGCACCAUAGCCUUCAUGCUCUACAAAACGACGUCUUCAAGGCUGCCAAUCGUGGAGGAGACUCUUCGGAACACUGAACUGACGCCAGCAACCUAUUUAGUCGGUCUUAUUUCUUCAGCUUCAUCGUGUCAUUGA